AUGAUACUUUGUCGUUUAUACAGCGACAGAAGGAAAUACUGUGACGCUAUUGAAACAACUCCAGUUGAAGAAACCCCUCCUACAGUUUAUCUGAACAAAAGAUGGCCCACAAGCGCUCUAGAGCCUGGUAACACAAAACUUGAUACAGAACUAUACGAAUUCGUUCAACGUUUUAAAAGUGGAAAAACAGAUAUGAUUAAUUGGAAAAAAUGCUUUGAACAAGGUCAUCUUGAAAAGAUAAGCUCAAUCAAGCGAUUCAACAACAGCGAGAGUUUACGCUGCCAUUAUAAUAGGAAAUUCAAAUAA